GACACAGACGUCACAACUGCCAGACCACCGGAGACUCGUCCCUUGAGUUUUGAUCGUGCAAGCAACUUGCCACCACACUUUCAAUUAGUUGAUCGACAUAGGUGAGAAAGGCAAUGUCGUUCUGUUCCUUCUACGGUCGGGAGGUUUUUAAAGACCACUUCAAACCAGGAAUUUACGCAUGCGCCAAGUGCAAUCACCCGCUGUUCUCCAGCCGCUCCAAGUACGAACACUCGUCUCCCUGGCCGACCUUUACGGAGACCGUCCGUGAAGACAGCGUCGCCAAACGCCAGGAGAGACCCGGAGCCUUCAAGGUGUCCUGCGGCCAGUGCGGAAAUGGUCUCGGCCACGAAUUUGUCAACGACGGACCGGCUAAAGGCUUGUCUCGUUUUUGAAUAUUCAGCAGCUCGCUCAAGUUCAUCCCUAAAGGUGGAUGUUACCGAUGUCGUCGUUUGUCGACGAGAGAUGACGAAGCGCGCUUGGCUUCUCUUCUUCGCAGGCGAGGUCGACGGACAGUAGAGCGAGCGCCCGAGAGGAGACGCCGCCGGACUUGUAAAUGUUUUCUGGAUGCUUCUACGGAGGUGCGGACAGCCGAUGAAGCGCUCCGGGGGAAAAGCCCGACCGGGAGAGCCGGAGUUCUGAUGGGAAUUGGCCUCACUGGACGGACAGCAACAGAAGAAAAAAUAACAUUGAAAUCAUGAAGACUUUUACAGGAGGCUUUGAAUUUACUGUCAGCUAAUUUCAAACACUUCAUUUGAAUGAAAACAAUGGAAUAAAAUACUUUUGGUUCCAACA